AUGGUAUCUUUAGGUAAAGACUAUUUUGAAUUCAUUUUUUCAUCUCUAGAUGAUUUAAGUGCAGUAAGAUCCAUUGAUUUUUGGAAUCUCACACCGGGUUUGCUUAGGACCCAUGGUUGGUCUGCUGAUUUUAAUCCACAUAACGUGCAACCAUCUACUGCUUGGAUUCGCAUUCAUGGACUUGCCCGCAGUCCAUUAGCUCUUGAUGAGGCAACUAAAAAGAGAACUUUUGGUCACUUUGCAAGAAUUAUAAUCGAUGUUUAUUUAAGUUCGAACUUCCAUGAAAGAAUCCUUGUUGAAAGGAAUGACUUUGAUUUUUAUGUGGAUGCUGAAUAUGAAAAUAUUCCUCCAUUUUGCAACUCAUGUCAAAUUAUUGGACAUUCCGUAAAUAACUGCAAGUAUCAGACUCCUAGAGCUAAAACAAGUUCUACAAUUGUGAACAAACCCAUAGUGCGACCUAAUACUUCAGAUGUUGAGAAGCCACUUGAAGGUUCAGCUGUAGAUGGUAGUAAAAUUGUUGUAGAAAUAGACCCUCUUAUUGAUGGUAUUUUAAGGUCUAAAAAGGAUAGGACUUAUAUGUUUGUGGGAGACGUCUUAAAUCAUGAGAAAGAGAUUUCAUUUAUCUUUGUUGAAGCAAUUCCUGUCUAUGUUCAAGAUACCUCAUCUUCGAGUGGCAUGACUUCCCCUAUUGUUGGAGAUGUCAUGAACCUUGCGAAAGAAGUUUCUUGUGAAGAGCUACACGAGGAAGAGGAAGUGUGGUUGUUGACUCAAUUGCUUUGA